AUGCUUGAUGAAAACCUUCCCACAUUCUACAUCAAGCCGUCAAGCGAGAAACCAAAGUACCAGUCCAUUUACUACUUCUGCCAGGGAGGGGAAGAGCCAACGCCCGCAUACUCCGUCCGUCGUCUAGACCCGGCGCUGCCGGGGUCGAAGAAUCGAUACGCUGUCGCAUUUUAUGACGCAUUUUGCCCAGAUAUUCUCUAUGCUGAAGUGCUGUUGAUUCCGAAAUGGACGCAGCCCUCACUCUCACAGGAGGCCAUCCGGCAGAAUGGCGGCAUACCCCCACCCCCCGAACCGAUACUUCCAAGUGAGUUCAUUAUCCAGCUAUACAAUCCGGAGCAGCAGGUUUUGGUGCGUCAUAAACCGAAAUCAUGGAACGCUCCAGCGUCGUGGGACUUUGAAAUGCCCCAGCAGACCUUCCGUCGUCCCUCAGCCUCUGCUGUAGACCGUACCUUAAACGACCCCGCAGCGUCCGACGUGACCCCGAAGCUGAGAUUUAGCUGGCAAAAAGAUGGCAAAUUCUCCAAGGACCUUACAUGCUAUCUUACCGGGAAAACAGCCUUCCUUGAUGAUGCGAGAAAACGGAGUAAAGAGCCUGAUAUCACCAUCUCAAUCUUCAAAGGCCUCAAAGAAGUCACGCUAUAUGAGCCUAAUUUUUACCGUGUAGAAAUGGAAGACUUCAAAGGCCUGGAGGUCGUUUUGCUAUUAGGAGCGGCAGUAAUCCGCGAUGUCUAUUUUGGUCACCUAAAGACUAGCUUCAACAUCACGGACCCCCCGACUCCUAGUAUCAUUGCGGAUUCGAAACCAUCAAGUACCGCAGUACCAGUAAACGGGGCAUCCGUUCAAAGUAAUCUUGCUGGAAGGGCACAAAGCAGCCAACAGAACCCUCCCCUGAUGCCUCCGCGGCAAACGGCAAAGCCAGUACAUGCGGCACGCCCACCACCAGCAGAUCCACGCUCCCAGUGGGAGAUCGAUGCCGAAACAAAACGUCUGAAACAACAAGCCGAAAUUGAAGCCCGCGAGCGGCGACAGAAGGAAAAGGAGGCAGAGAAACAAACUAAAAAGCUCCUAGAAGCCGAAGAACGCGAGAAACGAAGGAGACAGGCGCAGAUCGACGAAGAGACAGAACGACUCAAGAAACUAUACGGCAAAGAGGAUAGUAAGUCGCGCAAGAAGAAAUCUACUGUCAAUCCUCAAAACUCCGCGCGUCCACCCCCGAGCGUGUUGCCACCACGGCCGUCUCAAUCCAAUCAUCAAGGCCACCCAUCUAUUUCAAUAUCUACGCCUUCGUGGUUCAGUUCCAGCACAAGACCGCAACCGCCUCAGCCGAAUCCUUUGGUAGCAGGGGCUCCAGGACUUAGGCCGCCGGCGCCCAGGUUGAAGGAAAGACGGAGCAUUUUUGGUAUCCGUUUUGGAGACAAUGAUAAAGACUACGCAAAUGUCUUGUCGAAAAAGCGGAGUUCAAUGUUCUAA